GCUUCUCAUUGUUAAGGAAUUAUACUAGUUAUUGCUGGGGCUAUAUUCCACCAUCUUUUUCUUGUAAAAUAUGUGAGAAAAGAGACACGUCAUUGUGGUGGUUUGUCCCACAUCAGACAUAAAAGGAGCAGGCUUAUGAGGGAUAUCGAGAUGUGCAAUGUUUCACUUUUCUCCUCAUCCAAAAGGAAGUGUGGUAAUAAACAUACCUGUCAUUCCACUUUUUCAGGGGCUGACUUAGUAUGUGGGAAGGGCUCAAGCAAGGCUAUGUGCCACGGUUUGAGAAGCAGUAGUAUAGUAAGCAGCCAAACUUCUGUUCACAGCUCACCACCCUUCACCCAGAGCUGGAGAGCUGCGCUCCAAAUUGUUUUGGCUGGCGUAAUAUACAGGGCAGAAGUGAGACUCAUGAUGGAACAAACCCGGCUUGGUUCCCAACAUCGUAGCGAUUUUGAGUACCGGCUUGUCAUUUAUUAGUGUACCUGAUGGUGAAGGAAGGCCUGAGUGAAUGAAACGCCUACUAAUUAACAGCAUUUGCAGUUGCGGGGGCAAACGUGAGCUUUGAAGGUGAGCUGCACCUGUGCCCGAGGGGAGUGCUGCCCUGAGCACGAAGCAGAGCGCGGAGCCGCGCUGCUGUUUAUACACGGUACGCGAGGGCGUGGACGUAGGGGCGGUGCGCGUGCACACAGGGACGUGCCUUGGCCAGGCUUAGGUCUGCUCGCGCCCGUCUCUGGUGGUGGUCGGGUCCGUGGCCGCGAGCGCUAGCGGACGGGCAUGUACACGGUGUGCAAAUCCGUGCCUUUGUCUCCCCGGCGGCCGCCUCCGAGUGCCCCGGCGGGAACGGCUCCGGGCCGGCUCCCCCAAGCCCGGCUGGGUCCCACGGGCACGGCCUCCCUUCCGCCGGCCGGGGCUGCCCCUUUAAGAGAGGCCCCAGCGCCGUGUCAAUCGCCGCGCCCGGCUCCUUCCCUCUCCUCCCCUUCCGCAGCGCUGCGAUUCGGGGUGCCGCCGCCAGAGCCGGGCCGCGCGAUGGGUAGCCGCGGGCAGCCGCCGGAGCCGCGCGGCCAACCGCAGCCACAGCCGCGUCGAGGAGGCGGCCGCGGGGCCGCGGGGCGCCCGGACACCGAGGGGUAGCGGCACGGCCCGCGGCGGGACGCGGCGACGCUCCGGAGAGCGUGUGCGCCCGGAGGACAGCACAAUAGCCGGGAGGAGGAGACAGGGAAAGGGGCAGGGGGAAAGGAGGAGAGAGAAAGAGAAAGCACAACACGGGGGCUGGCAAAGGGAGGACGGAGUGGAGGGCUCCCGAGCGCGGCAGCGCUGAGGACCGUGGCCGGGACGGCGGCGGCGGGAGGUGGGUGGAUGGGUGGGGGGCGAUAUUUACCUUUCCUCCCCCGCCCCGAGCCUGCUCCUUUGUCCACCCCCCUUUGAAGUGCUAUGGAGUCGCCGGGGUGGGAGCAUUGUUGUUCGCUAGCAAAAGAUUAGUUAUGAGGGGGGGAGAGUAGCGAGCGUACGGGGGGCUGGGGACGGCGAGAGGUGGAAGAGACGACGAGGAGAGAUUGUUCCGAGGAUCGCCGUUUGCCUCCCCGUUUCUCUGCAUGGACCGUGAAAGAAACGCGUUGAGUUGACCCCGUCGGAGCUGUUUCUGCUUCUACAUGUGAGAUCCGGUUGGUUUAUUCUCUCCACCUAUUUCUCUCCAGCUUCCUUCCCUUAUUCUUUACUUACUCCUGUAUGCAAAAUGGUGGACCCUGUGGGGUUUGUAGAGGCUUGGAAAGCGCAAUUUGCAGACUCUGAGCCUCCUAAAAUGGAGCUGAAAUCUGUGGGAGACAUUGAACAGGAGCUGGAGAUGUGCAAAGCAUCUAUCCGGAGACUGGAGAUGGAGGUCAACAAGGAGAGGUUCCGCAUGAUUUACCUGCAGACCCUUCUGGCAAAGGAGAAAAAAAGCUAUGAUAGACAGAGAUGGGGCUUUAAACGUGCUUCAGUGUUGCCUGAAGGGAGUGCCGAGCAGCAGAUCCAAGACCUGCCUCAUCACCAGUCUGCUGACCAAGAUGAACAUGAAAAAAGCAAGUCACACCACGGGGAGGAAAAGUUCAAACCCAGGAUACCUUCUCUGCGGAAGCUGUCUACCCAGAGCGAUGGGUCAGACCUGUCACCUUUGGACAGUCCCCAUCACGGAGAGGGAGAACAGGACAGGUGUAAGUACUAUGGCGAGGAGAAACUGAAGAGAGUUGUAGAAGAUACAGAAAGUCGCUGCGAUACAGAUGGAUCUCCUUCCAAACACAGAUCAUCUUCCUCUCGCAGGCCAGUGGGAUCUGCUGAGAAGGAGGGAUUGUUUGAACCUAUUUCGAAGGACAGGGGGAACAGCACCAGUGUGGCAGCCCUAAGGUCCAAUUUUGAGAGGAUAAAAAAGGGCAAUUCACAUCAUUCUGGAGAUAACAAGGAUGUUGUUGAAAAACCCUUUUAUGUAAAUAUGGAGUAUCAUCAUGAGAAGGGUCUAGUGAAGGUCAACGAUAAAGAUGUUUCUGAUAAAAUAAGCUCUCUUGGUAGUCAAGCCAUGCAAAUGGAACGCAAAAAGUCCUUACACUCCCUUCCUUCAAACAUGGUACCCAGCUUCAACGAAUUCCAGAGGCCUGCUUACAGGGGAAGGUCCUCAGAAAGCAGUUUUGGCUAUGAUGGAGAGUACGAAGAUGCUGAACUGAACCCCAGGUUUCUCAAAGAUAAUCUUAUAAAUGCCAAUGGUAGCAAUCGCUCACCUUGGCAGCCCAUGGACUUUCAACCUUAUCAAAGUAUCUAUGUUGGUGGAAUGAUGGGGGAAGCAGAAGGAAAAGGACCUAUUCUGAGAAAUCAGGGCACAACGGACCAGGAGAAACAUCUCACUUGGCCCAGGAGAUCUUAUUCCCCCAGGAGUUUUGAAGACAUUGGAGGAGGGUAUACUCCUGAUUGUAGCUCUAAUGAGAACCUUACCUCCAGUGAGGAAGAUUUCUCUUCAGGUCAGUCCAGCCAUGUCUCCCCCAGUCCCACCACUUACCGCAUGUAUCGGGAUAAAAGCCGUUCUCCCUCUCAGAACUCUCAGCAGUCCUUUGACAGUAGCAGUCCACCAACUCCCCAGUCUCAGAAACGGCACAGGCAGCAGCAGGUCAUUGUAUCUGAGGCUACUAUUGUGGGCGUACGAAAAACGGGACAGAUCUGGCCAAGUGAUGGAGAUUUGCCUUCUGGGAGAUGCCACCAAGACAGCCUCUUCCAUGGAGAUGCAGAUGCUUCAUUCAGUGGCACACCACCUAGCUAUGCGUAUGAUGCAGACCGUGCUGAAGAACAGAGGCGGCAUCAUGAUAUGAUGCCCUAUAUCGAUGACUCGCCAUCAUCUUCCCCCCAUCUCAGUUCCAAGAGUCGAGGCAGCCGAGACACCCUAUCUUCAGGAUCUCUGGAAUCUACAAAAUCAAGUGAGCCAGAUCUGGAGAAGGGCUUGGAGAUGAGGAAAUGGGUCCUGUCAGGAAUCCUGGCCAGUGAGGAAACCUACCUGAGCCACCUGGAGGCUCUGCUGCUGCCUAUGAAGCCUUUGAAAGCAGCUGCCACCACCUCUCAGCCUGUGCUGACUAGUCAACAGAUUGAGACAAUAUUCUUCAAAGUGCCUGAGCUCUACGAGAUCCACAAAGAAUUCUAUGAUGGACUUUUUCCCCGAGUGCAGCAGUGGAGUCACCAGCAACGUGUAGGAGACCUCUUCCAAAAGCUGGCCAGCCAGCUGGGAGUGUACCGGGCCUUUGUGGAUAACUAUGAAGUUGCUAUGGAGACAGCAGAGAAAUGCUGCCAAGCCAAUGCUCAGUUUGCUGAAAUCUCUGAGAAUCUAAAGGCUAGAAGCACAAAGGAAUCUAAAGAUCAGACGACGAAAAAUUCCUUGGAAACUCUGCUAUACAAGCCAGUGGAUCGAGUGACUCGCAGCACACUUGUACUGCAUGAUUUGCUCAAGCACACUCCAGUGAGCCACCCUGAUCAUCCACUCCUGCAGGAUGCCCUGCGGAUCUCACAGAACUUCCUUUCCAGCAUCAAUGAGGAGAUCACUCCUCGUCGGCAGUCCAUGACUGUAAAGAAGGGGGAGCACCGGCAGCUCCUGAAGGACAGUUUCAUGGUGGAGCUUGUUGAGGGGGCUCGCAAACUACGUCACGUCUUUCUUUUUACUGAUCUGUUCCUGUGUGCCAAGCUCAAGAAGCAGAUUGGAGGAAAAAGCCAGCAGUAUGACUGCAAAUGGUACAUCCCACUCACUGACCUCAGUUUCCAAAUGGUGGAUGAGUCCGAGGCGGUGCCCAACAUCCCACUGGUACCUGAUGAGGAGCUGGAUGCCAUGAAGAUCAAGAUAUCCCAGAUCAAGAACGAUAUCCAGCGUGAAAAGAGGGCCAAUAAGGGCAGCAAGGUCAUUGAGAGGUUGAAAAAGAAGCUCUCAGAACAGGAAUCACUCCUGCUGCUGAUGUCUCCCAACAUGGCUUUCCGGGUGCACAAUCGCAAUGGCAAGAGUUACACGUUCCUCAUUUCAUCGGACUAUGAAAGGGCAGAGUGGAGGGAGAACAUCCGGGAGCAGCAGAAGAAAUGCUUUAAAAGCUUUUCACUCACAUCAGUGGAGCUCCAGAUGCUGACAAACUCCUGUGUGAAACUCCAGACAGUCCACAACAUUCCCCUCACUAUCAAUAAAGAAGAUGACGAAUCUCCAGGUCUCUAUGGAUUCCUGAAUGUCAUUGUCCACUCUGCCACAGGAUUCAAGCAAAGCUCAAAUUUGUAUUGCACAUUAGAGGUCGAUUCCUUUGGGUAUUUCGUGAACAAGGCUAAAACCAGAGUGUACAGAGACACCACGGAACCCAACUGGAAUGAGGAGUUUGAGAUUGAGUUGGAAGGCUCACAAACUCUGCGGAUUUUGUGCUAUGAAAAGUGCUACAACAAAAUGAAGCUCACCAAAGAGGAUGGAGAGAGCACAGAUCGCAUAAUGGGAAAAGGACAGAUCCAGCUGGACCCGCAGACGCUACAGGACAAAGACUGGCAACGCACAGUCAUCUCAAUGAAUGGAGUCGAAGUGAAGCUGUCGGUGAAGUUUACCAGUCGGGAGUUCAGCCUGAAAAGGAUGCCGUCACGGAAACAGACGGGGGUCUUUGGGGUCAAGAUCGCUAUUGUCACCAAGAGGGAGAGAUCAAAGGUGCCUUACAUAGUGCGCCAGUGCGUGGAGGAGAUAGAACGCCGUGGAAUGGAGGAGGUGGGCAUCUACCGUGUCUCUGGGGUCGCAACUGAUAUCCAGGCUUUGAAGGCUGCCUUUGAUGUCAAUAACAAAGAUGUGUCAGUGAUGAUGAGCGAGAUGGAUGUUAAUGCUAUUGCAGGCACACUGAAGCUAUACUUCCGAGAGCUGCCUGAGCCUCUCUUUACAGAUGAACUAUAUCCCAACUUUGCUGAGGGCAUUGCACUUUCAGAUCCCGUUGCAAAGGAAAGCUGUAUGUUGAAUCUAUUGUUAUCGCUUCCGGAACCCAACCUUGUGACAUUCCUUUUCCUUUUGGACCAUUUAAAAAGGGUUGCUGAGAGGGAAAGCAUUAACAAGAUGUCCCUGCAUAAUCUUGCAACUGUCUUUGGACCAACGUUGCUCAGACCUUCAGAGAAGGACAGUAAAAUCCCUGCCAACCCAACCCAGCCUAUAACAAUGACUGAUAGCUGGUCACUAGAAGUCAUGUCCCAGGUUCAAGUCCUUCUGUACUUCUUGCAGCUAGAGACCAUCCCUACCCCAGACAGCAAGAGGCAAAGCAUUCUCUUUUCCACAGAGGUGUAGAUGUUUGUGAUGCCAACAGGACUCAAAAAAAAAAAAAAAAAAAAAACAACCUGUUCUUGGCAUAAAUCUGCCACUCUUGAAAAAAGGAAGACUGGUGUUUCUUCAGACAUUUCUGGCCUGUUCCUGUUCUGGGGAAUUAUGGCCCUCAGUGCUUCUGCUGUUUGUUAACCAGUGGCAAGCUGAAGAGAAAGUAGAAAAAUACCUACUUCUGAUCAGUAGAAUGAGAAAGAAUUGGAGAUGGAGCUGUGCGGAAUCUCCACUAGAAGGAGCAAUAGACACUUGAACAAAUGCACCACAAAGUGUGGCUGUUAUUCUUGUUGGGAAUGUGAUGGAAGGUAUUCCUCAUUAUAUGGAGUUAUCAUAAAGAAACUUCAAGAUUUCUCAUGGACCACUCGAUAGGAUACCCUAUUUUGGGUGAGAGGGAGUUAAAGGAUCUAUCACAAUUGUGUCUUUAAUAACUGCUGUUUUUAAAGUACUAUUCUAGGCCACAAAAAUAGCAUUGCUUUGCAAGAAGAGGAAAGAAGGGAAGGGUCUGGGAUCUAAGAUACGCUCCUCAGCAAUGAAGUCCUGAUUUGAACAGGGUUCUAAAGAAGUGAAACAGUUUUGCAUACAACUCAAACUUUUUUAUUUGUCUCACCCACCUCUUCUCCUGCAAAUGUUUGUACAAGCUCUAGGGAAGGAGAUGCCGUGCUCUUGCCUAUGUUGCACUUCUGAUGGUGUGGAUUUUUUGGGGGUUGGGGAUGUUAAAGGGCCCAGACUCAAUGAUUUUUUCACUAUAAAUAAAUACACCAAAUUAAAGAGAGGCAGGGACAAUUUGAGUCAGUGCUUUGUGAUUCAUUGUUUGUUUGCAUACAAAAGCAGGAGCAAUAUUAUCCAGAGAGGAUUGCUAAAUUCCUUAGACUCUGCCAAACGUAAUGAAAAUUAAUUGGGAAGUCUGUUAAUUCCCAACACUCCAAAGAAAAGAUGUUAACACUGCAAAAAUAAUUGAAGCAUUUGUGGUCAAAACAAAUCAUUAGUGGUUAUCAGGUUGCCUGGCUGCUUACUCCUAUCAGAACAUCUUUUUAAUAUAUAUAUAUACUUGAAUUUUGGAGGCUUUGUACGUGCAUUGCUUCUACGAGUCUUUUUCUGAUAGAUGCUUUGAUAAGUAUGUCAGAAUGUACUUCAUGGACGGCCUAGCCAGUAGCAUGCAUGUGUACUCUUCAGACAUCUCAGGCCUGUUGGAAGUCAGAGCAGUUUCUGUGGAACUACACGGAGCAGUACAGCGGCUCUCGCUCAAUACUAGGUUCGUAUCUUCCUGCCUAAUUUGGUCAAAGCCACGGGGGUUACACAGCUGUAAAGGACAGCAGUGUUUGCCUGGAGAACUGAGAGCAUAAUCUAAUUGCUGGGAUCCAGAGCAGUGUUCUGGCUAUGAAGCAGUUGUGCCAAACACCCUAGGAGAGGUGGGAAUUACUCCAUUUUCAUUAAUUACUCCAGCCCCCUUGACUUCCUGUCCAGUUAUGCAGCAUCCAUUUGGUGGCAGCCAUCCAUCGUCCUGGCAAGAAGAGAAGUGCAGCAUGAAGACAAGGGGAGGAAUCAGCACGGGGAAAGGGAGGGAGGGGCAGAUCUCGAUUGGUAUAGUUGGGUUGUCAGCACCAUUUAAGGAGAAACACCACAAAGAAAGCAACCCUCGUGAUGCUGAAUUUUAUGUUUUCUGAUGAGUGAUCUGCAAUCUCUCAGUUACAAAACUAUAUAUAAAAAACACUGACAAAGGAGUCUUUCAAACGAACAGAGAGAAAAAAAUAACGGAAGGGAAAUGAUUUUGUAGUCAAUGUAAUUUUGACUGCUGCAUAAUAUUAGAAAAUAUUGUACUGUGAAGUUACAAAUUCAAAAAGGAAAAAAAUAGAAAUUCCAAUUUUGUGAGUAUAUCAACAUUUUGCAUGCUAUGUAAGGAUCCUUAUAGGAAUUUAAUAUUGCUUAGUAUCCCUCCCUUCUUAGGUCUGGGAGCAAACCUCUUUGUAAUGUAAUGUACAACUAGAAAUUCCUUCUCUCUUAUAUGUAUUUCCAUUACAUUCCGACUUCUGAAUCUGGAAAACAGAAAAGAUGUUUAUAGUAGGAGGUGCUUUUGGGGGGAGGGAGGGAACGAAGGCAAGAAAACUUGAAGGCUUAGCAUUUUUUUUUAUAUUUAUUUCUGCCUUUUUUGAAGGUAAAAAUUAGUCACAAUCUUGAAAAAUUUCGACUCAAGUCAGGCAGACCAGUAAACCACACUCUGUGGUUUUGGCUUUAUGCAUUUGUUCUCACUUUUACAUAGCGGUUCCAUAACAAUCCUUUUCCUGCUAGCUGCACACCUACCCAUUCCAAGCUGUCGUGUGGUGUAUCUGAGGCAGCAGCCCUGCUGCUGACUUCAUUUGGAAGGAAAAAAGCCCGACAAAGCAACCCAAACUACAGCGGGUGGUUGGGUGAUGCAGCCUUUUCUUUUCGGUGUUCAGAAUCUGUGGCUGCUCUUGGCAGUGUUGAAACUGGAAAGCAAUACCAUAAUGACUGUGCCAAUUUACUUUACCCAACUUUUUUAUUUUUAUUUAUAUAGGAAAUUAAUAUUAAUGUUAAGUUACUGAUGUAUGGUAUGUAACUAUGAGAAAAUGGCUUUUGCUUUGGUUACUGUUACAGGUUGUUGCUUUAGUCUCUCAAUUACAAUGCUCAGUUCUAAUGUAAUGUAAUCUAACAUGCAGGCAUGUGGAUCAGGGAAAAAAAAGGUAAUUUAACGUAACCCAUUAAUUAUUUCUUUGAGUAUGUUUUCCCCAAAGCUGGUAAUUUUGGGCUGGAAAAGAUAGCAGAUGUUUCUGCUAACGAUGAAAUCAUGGACUGAUUUGAAAUAUGAGAAUUGAUUUCUUGAAUUUCUGUUAAUUUUGCAAUUUAAGUUUUUCUUCAAAUAGACUUAUGUUUUCAGAAAUUAAGCAUUUCCAGAAGGCUUUUAUUUGCUUUUCCAAGGGAUGUUGUUGUGGGUGUGGGUUUUCUUUAAACUUUGUUGUGUUUUUAAUAAGCCUUAUCACACUUAAAACAUAAAGGGACUUGCAAAGCGGGGCUUUAGAGAAGCUCUUCUGAUUUCUACACUUAACAAUCCCCUGUGAGCUGUGUCAGAAAGCCUAAGUUUUCCAUUUGCUGUAAGAAAAGGUACAACAUAAACAACGUAAGAGCAAAUUAGCAAAAAAUUACCCUUUAGAACUGCACUGGGAGUUUCUAUUCUUCCUGUUUCUAGUGUAUGGGAAAGACAUUUCUAAACAAGUAGCUUUCAGCUACGUCCAUCUAAAACAUUAAAAGCUUCAGCAGAAAUAUUUCAGGUCAUCAGGACAGACUGUAUCUCCAGUUUAAGAAGAGAAAGAAGCAUAAGUUUCUUGGCAUUUAGAAACUAUUCAGAAAUUCUCAUGGAUUUUUUUUUUUUAACACUGAUUAGGUUUUUAAUUUUUUUAAAAAAAGUAAAGCAAAAUAAGGGAAAAGGUUUUAAUGAUGGGCAAGAAAUAACCAUUACUAGAUCGUUCUCAGCUUUGUUUUGUGUGUGCUUUUUAUGGGAGGAGACUGAAAUUAAACUGAAACCCAUCUGUUGAAAUGCUGCUGGUGUUCUUUAUUCUUGCACAAUUUUAAACAAGUUGAGGUAGUAGCCAAGCUAUUUCAGGCUGUAUUUUAAUGCUGCUAUUUUUUAAUGUAUCAGCUAAGGGCAAAAUACAGCUGUGCAUUGACUUUAUUUGCUGAUGCCAACUGCCUGCCUUGAUUCUGACCUUGGGUUGCUAAUGUUAAGGCACUCAGCACGCAGAUGAAGCAAAACUGCAGCACGUUGUGUUGGCCACGAGGUGGUGGAACCACAGAGCAUGUUGAUGGGAGCUGCAGGAUUUUGACAGCUUGUUCAUUUUGCCUGUUUGAAAUUGUGCUUUACCAUGGAGUUAGUUUUGUACGAGUUUAUUUAAACGGAUGUACUGUUCUGUAAAGCAUACAUGGGUCUUUAAGUUUCCCUGUCACCCACUGUAACACUGGAAGGCAUGACAACUCGUUCAUUUAUCUUAAUGUACCGUUCUUUGAAGUACGUAUAAAAUGUAAAUUGACCA